AGUACCCAGUGGGCGGUCCCUAUCUUCGGUUGUCGGGCAGUUCGAGUGCUCGAUCCGGUUCCGUCCUGUGGUCCCGGUGCCUGUUCCUCCCGAUGGCCUUCGUGCAGAAGCAGCAGCAGCAGCGUCGCUGUAAAGAGAGGUUUUCUCUGCUGAUGCUUGACCUUGAAGAAUAUUACUUUGACCAUCACACAUUUUAUCAUGUUUUUACCAACAAUAAAGGAGAAGAAAGAACAUUUAAAGGUUCCCUGAAGAUAUGUUCGAAAUCCCUGAUCUUUGAACCAGAUCAAAUAUCAGAACCUGUAUUAAAGUUCCCUUUCAGAGAAUGCAGCAGAAUUGAAGAGAUACAGGAUAAAGACAAUAAUCCUUUUGAAGAAAAUCAAAUUUGUGGAUUCCGCAUCACGUGCCGUCAGAUCUGUUUAAUCAAAGAGCAAAGAUUAGUGGCUCCAUAUAAAAUUGAGAGAGGUCCAAAGAACUAUGUUUUCAGGAUCGAUGACAUUUCAAAAGCAGAAGAUGUUGUGCAAAGUUUACUUCAGCUUUAUAGAGCUUCUCAGUUGGACAAAAUUGCAGACCAGAUUGCCAUGAUCACAGCUAUUUUACAAUCUCGAUUGGCUCGGAUUUCAUUUGAUAAAAACAGAUUUCAGAAUGUAACAGAAAGGCCUCACAUGGAGUGUGCGGCUGAAAUGGUCACCCCUUUGGUUUCUAAUCCUGGGCAUGUCUGCAUCACAGACCAAAAUUUGUAUUUCCAGCCUCUGAAUGGCUACCCUGAGACAGUUAUACAAGUAAAGUUGCACGAAGUAAGACGGAUUUACAAAAGGCGACAUGGAUUAAAACCUUUGGGUCUUGAAGUAUUUUGUACAGAAGAUGAUCUUUGUUCUGAUAUCUACUUAAAAUUUUAUAACUCCAAAAAUCGUGAUGAGCUCUACUACUACAUUGCAACCUUUUUAGAAAAUCAUAUUAUUGAACACACUGCUGAAAGCUGUAUGCUACAAUGGCAAAGAGGAUAUCUCUCAAAUUAUCAAUAUCUCUUGCACCUGAAUAAUCUGGCUGAUCGCAGUUGUAACGACCUGUCUCAGUAUCCCAUCUUUCCUUGGAUCAUUGCUGACUAUACUUCCUCAGAAUUAGAUCUGUCCAAUCCUGAAACAUUUCGUGACCUUAGGAAACCUGUUGGUGCCUUAAAUAAAGAGCGUUUAGAUCGAUUGUUGGCUCGCUAUCGAGAAAUGCCUGACCCAAAGUUCAUGUUUGGAAGUCAUUAUUCUUCUCCAGGCUAUGUCCUGUUCUACCUUGUGAGAGUUGCCCCUGAGUAUAUGUUGUGUUUACAAAAUGGGAAAUUUGACAAUGCAGAUAGAAUGUUCAACAGUUUUGCAGAGACUUGGAAAAAUUGUUUAGAAGGUGCAACAGACUUCAAGGAGUUGAUCCCGGAGUUCUAUGGCACAAAUUCCAGCUUCAUAGUGAACGAUUUGAAGUUGGACCUUGGGAAGAGGCAGGGAGGCAAGAUGGUAGACUCUGUAGAGCUUCCACCAUGGGCUUCAGGCCCUGAUGAUUUCCUCCAGAAGAACAGAGAUGCUCUGGAGAGCCAGUAUGUUUCUGAACAUCUGCAUGAGUGGAUUGAUCUAAUAUUUGGUUACAAGCAAAAGGGGAGUGAAGCAAUUGCAGCCUAUAAUGUGUUUCAUCCUUUGACUUAUGAAGGUGGAGUUGAUUGGGACAGCAUCGAGGAUCCAAAUCAGAAGAUAGCAAUGCUGACCCAGAUCCUUGAAUUUGGACAGACACCAAAACAGUUGUUCACCAGCCCACAUCCACAGAGGAUAAUGCCAAAGUUUCAAACCCUUUCCAAAGGAUGUAGCCGAAGUACUUCUGUAACUGAGUUGCCUCCAGUUUCUUCCUGUGAAGAUUCCUCAUUUGAAGAUUUGACAGAAGAAAGCCUAAAACUAGCCUGGAGCAAUAUUGGCAAACUGAGCAUAGUUUACCAGCAGAAGAUUCACAAAGAGGCAGUGACUGGGAUUGCUGUAGCUCGCAAUGGAACUUCAGUCUUUACAACUUCUCAAGAUUCAACACUAAAAAUGUUUUCCAAGGAAAAAAACAUGUUACAGCGGAGCAUGUCCUUUUCAAAUAUGGCCCUGUCAUCUUGUUUGUUACUGGAGGAUACAACAGUCCUUUGUUCAUCGUGGGAUAACAAUGUAUAUUUUUACUCAGUAGCUUAUGGACGAAGACAAGAUACACUCAUGGGUCAUGAUGAUGCUGUCAGCAAGAUCUGCUGGUACAAUGACCACUUAUAUACUUCUUCCUGGGAUUCUACAGUCAAGGUCUGGAAAUGUGCUUCUGCUGAUCUCACUAACUCAAAAAAGAAUAGCUGUGAGCUAAUGGCUGAGCUGGAACAUGAUGCAGGUGUAAAUACAAUAAAUCUCAAUCCUAUUGGCACAAUGCUUGUUUCAGGCAGCAAGGAAGGGACCGUCAGUAUUUGGGACCUCACCACCUUAAGUAUUUUAUAUCAAGUGCCUUGUCAUUUAGGCACUGUCAAUGAUGUUGCAUUCAGCCCGGAUAGUCGCCAUGUUCUCAGUGCGGGAGAAGAUUGUUGUCUGAAAGUUAUUGAUGUGCAGACAGGAAUGUUGAUCUCCACUUUGCCUACAGAUCAACAGCAAAGGUGUUUUUGCUGGGAUGGAAAUACUGUUCUGUCAGGCAGCCAGUCUGGUGAGCUUUUAGUAUGGGAUCUGAUGGCUGCAAAAAUUACUGAAAAAAUAUUUGCACAUUCAGGUGCCGUAACAUGUAUUUGGAUGAAUGAGCAUUGCAGCAGUAUCAUAACAGGAGGGGAGGACAAACAGAUUAUUUUCUGGAAGCUGCAAUACUAAGUGCCUUUCUUUGAAAUCCUUUGAGACAUUGGCUUCUAGCACUUUUUUUAAAUGAAGCAAGAGCUGUUUUAAAGCUGCAUUGUCCAUCAUAUAUAAAUAGUUAUUAAAGCAAUAACCUUCAGGACAAAGGCAAAAUUCUGUGGAUGCUGGAAAUCUCAAGUAAAAAGGAAUAAACAUCAUAGAAACACUCAGCAUCUUUGGAGAUGAAAGCAGUCAACAUUUCUGAUCAAAAUGAGAGGUUCUCAUCUUCUGGGUAUUUCCACCAGUUUUGCUUUUGGUAUAGUAAGAUGAUCUUGCAUCUCUUGACCCCUUGUAGGAAUGUACAAAUAUUUAUCUUCACUCAAUAAACCUCCUAAAACAGCAGCAGGAUGGAAAGAUUGACUUGAUAGCUUGCGUAUUCUUGCAUUGGUCCUUCCAGCAAGCUGUGUCGUAGUGCAGUCCAAAAACAAAGUAUUUUUGAGUGUUUCUGAUAUUGGAAAAAGAUAAUGAAGUAUUGGGAAAUAUAACUUAUUUGGAUUUGACCAAAGUUUAUACUCCUGAAGAUAUUUAUUAUGUUUUAGUUGCUGUAUGAGUAUUCUGCAUUAAGUACAUGACAAGUCUAAGUUCACCUUGUAUUAGGACUGUGUCAGCUGGGUUGAGAUUAGUCAGGAAAUAACAGAAUCAGCUGUCAUAGAAAAAUUCUAAACCUCAGCUGAGCCAAGGUUUAACUUUUAUUUGUAAUUCAUUUUUGAUUCAGUGGACUGGAGACCAUAGCAAACCAAAUUGCAUGUCUGUCAAAACAGGAUGUACCUGCAGAAUCCACAAGUGCUUUUAUCAUAAACUAACUUAUGAAAUUUGCAAAAUGUUUUACACAAUUAAUGUAAAUAUUGUUGGGCAUCAUCAAUAGGAUUUUUAAAUUAUGAUUGUGCCUUGAUGCUCUUUAAUGUCUAAGAAAUUUCUUGAACAUGUUGACAUCUCUGGUAGUUACUGGAAAGAAAUUAAAGGUUGUGUCAAGUAUUUUAAGCAGUAUAGGAGAUAUACACUUUUCAGGCGACUAGGUUCUGUGGAUAAAUGAUUUUGUGGAGUGGCAGCGGGGGUCAUGACAAUGUGACAAAAUGGAGUAUUUCAUUAUAAAUUAAAACUUCCUGCAUUAGGCAGAGAGUAUUUGCCAGCUGGAAUUAUAUCAGUAAAUCUUUCCAUUAACUCAGCAGAUGUAAAAUAAGGAUUACAAUUGUGGGUACAGUUUGCAUUUUUAUCUAUUGGAUUAUAUAUUUGAAAUGUUUGAAUUACAUUUUUAUUUCUAGAUUCUGUUCUGCACAACUGCAUCCAAAGUACAAACUCAUUAAAAUUAGAUAUUUAAUCAUGAAUAUCAGAAUGUCUUCCUGUUUCCAGAGCAUUCUUUUAACACCACAUUGUGAAACCCCAAAUCAAUUGUUUAUGCAAUAAGAACCCUUACCCCAGAGGUCUGCUUCCACUACCUGUCCAACCAAAGCUUUCCAGUAUUCAUCUCCUAACUGUCUAGUUCCUUAUGGAAGGAUAGUCAGAUCUUUGCACCAGUUUGUUUAAAUUACCAUAUGAUUUCCACAAAAAGAAUUAAUUUGAAGGAUGACUUUCUAAGUUAGAUCAAUUGCAAACAUUGACUUGUAAGUCUUUCGCGCUGUAAACACUGUCAAGUGUUGCUCAAGAUGAGAAGAGCAUUAAAACAGACUUCUUUAUCUAUAAAGGUAGUUCACUUAACACCAACAUUUAUAAACUCUAUUUAAAUUUACAUUUGGAAAGAUAAUCAACAUGAGACUAAAACAAACAUGGAAAUUUAUUUUUUUUUAAAUCAGCUGGAAAUAGAGUUGCUGUCGGUUUACAUUGUUCCAAACUCAUGUUUUCUAUGGCUUUUGGAGAUACAUAACUUGAAUGAAAAGUUUUGUUCCAUUCUUUAAAAUUGUUUGUAGAUAGGCUUUGGUGUUUGUUAUUUUGCAAUUAAUUUUAUAUGGUAGAAACUGUAACCUUGCAGUCUGGAAAUCUCUAAUCAGAAACACUUGUUAUCCAGAAUUUCUUUGAGUACAUCCUCAACAAAAUUUUAAUGUAACCCUUUGAGUGGAAAUGCGAUUGUUACAAUAUUUGAUAAAACCAAGUAAAACUAAUUGUAUCAUUUUAUGUACGGAUGAGUAGUAAAUCUGUAGUAUUCUCUGUUCAUCCACUUAUGGUUAGAUAUUCUAAAGUCACUGUAUAAUCCAAUAAUGACUUGGUACCAAACAUUCUGGACUCGAGAGGUUGGUGUAUACGGAGCGUAUUGAUUACAUUUGUGUAAUUUCAGAUAUAAUUUUGUGUUAUUUGAAUUUUUUAAUUUUGUACUGUACAUCAAACUUAAGUGACUUGCACUUUAGCCAUUCUUAAAAUUUUCUUAACUUAAAAUACAUAAACCACAUACUUCACCCCAGUAGCCAAUUGAAACUGACCGUAACUAAUUAUAUAGCCACCACAGGCAUGAAAAUAUUUCCGUAUUCUGA